CUCCAUAUAUCAUGUCUCGUUCCAACGACCCAGGACAUUACUUCCAGACGACCUCGUCGCUGGAGGAGACGGCCCGCAAGGCUGCCAAGUCCAAGAACACCAACGGCAGCCCCCUGAAGCUCCCCUCCAAGGUGCUCGACAUCAUCGCCGACCCUCACGAUGAGAAUCACGUCUACGUAGCCGAAGCUGCAGGCAACGUGAAGCGAAUCAACAUUGAAACGAGUAAGGUUGUUGCCACCUUUUCGGGACCCGUGGCGCCACUCACAUCCGUCGCUGUUCUUCCCAAGUCCGACACGCUGUUUGCUGCGUGUUGGGACAAGUCAGUGUGGUCAUGGUCCCUCUCCUCACGCAAGCCCGCCAAACGCUUCCAGGGCCACGGUGAUUUCGUCAAGGCCAUCAUUGCCUUCACCCUUCAUGGCAAAGACAUCUUGGUGUCAGCUUCACAGGACGCGAGCAUCAUUGUUUGGGACGUUACUUCGGCGACAAAGCUACAUACUCUCAAGGGACACACGCGGGGCAUUCUUGCUCUCGCGCUAGACCCAGCCGACUAUGAGCCUGGCAAAGACACUGCUACAGUCUUCAGUGCCGGCAGCGACCGAGAGAUCAGACAAUGGGCUAUCGGGCUCUCAUCAGCUUCAGAAGUACAGCCGUCUCCCAUCAUCGCUCAUGAGACUAGCAUCGACGCAUUACGGUUCGACUCGGAUGGCGACCUGUGGACAGCUUCAGCCGAUAAGACGGCCAAGUGCUUGUCACGAGGCCGUGAGUGGGAAGAAGACUCGAGCUUUGAGCAUCCCGACUUUGUUCGCGGUGUUGUCGUUGACGAGGACGGAGGAUGGGUGAUUACAGCGUGCAGAGAUGAAGAGGUUCGUGUAUGGGAGAGGGCAAGCGGCAAGUUGCAUCAUACCUUUAGUGGCCACUUUGAAGAAGUCACUGGACUUCUCCUGUUGGGACAACGUAUAGUAAGCGUGAGCAUUGACGCUACAGUCAGACAGUGGAGCUUGAAGCCGCAGGAGCUUGCCAAGGCAGUCCAGGAAUCAGAAGACGAGCGUCUCGGUAAGGACAGGGAAAAGGAGCCCGAGAAAACAGACGGCGUGAUGACUGCUGAAGAAGAGGCGGAGCUUGCUGAGCUACUAGAAGAUAGCGAUUAGACCUGGACGAGCGGACCGACACCGGACUUGCGCUACCGGGUUUACUGGAUCCAUUGCUUGAGCUUGUCUGGUCGGCCGCCUAAUUAAUUACGCAAGACACAAACAGGUCGAAACAGUCAUGAUGUACUCCACACCGGUCGCGGCUCCCCG